AUGGCGGAUGUCUUCAAAGGUCUAAACCUGAUUGAAACUCUCAAAGAGUCAAUGGAGAACAACAAGUUAUCUGAUGUAAAGGAGGCCAUGGAAGAUCUUCUCAUCAGUAGGAUAAACCUAGCUGUUGUGGGGGACCGUGGAGAAGAAAAGUUCUCCUUCAUGAACUCCCUUCGUGGCCUUGGGCCUGAAGAUGACGGUUCAGCCCCUUCUCAAUCUCCUGUUGAACCAGAGGAAAUAGAUGGCUACCCACAUCCGAAACACCCUGACUUCCGACUUUGGGACCUACCACCUGUCCCAGCCACAUCCCCAUUUGAACCAGAGGGAUACAUAAACAGAUAUAAGUUCCUUCGUUAUAAUGCUGUUUUUAUGACAUUCACACAAAUAAUACAACCCAACAGUGUGGAUGUCUUUUUGAAGGCUCUUUCUCUGCAGCAACAAACAGUGUACUUUCUUCUCUUAACUUCGGUAAAAGACACAGACAAGAGCCUGGAAGAAAAGAGGAAAGCCAGUCUAGAAGUACUGAAAUCACAGGGUGUGAAACAACCUAAAGUUUUCCUGGUUAAACCUUCCAAUCUUGAGAAGUUUGACUUUCCUGACCUCCUGGCAUGCAUGGCCACAGACCUUCCUGAGAUCCGAGCUCAUGCCCUUCUGCUGGCUUUACCGACAUUCACAUUAAGAAUGGUCACCAAGAAAAAGGAGGCAUUUAAAGCACUCAUAUGGGCAGCUGCCUCCCUAUCCGGCGGGAUGUCAGCCAUUCCUGUUCCCCUUGUGGCAUCCAUGGUGGACUCAAGCAUUGCUGUGCGGAUUUUGACAAAAGCCCAGUUAUCUCUGUGCGUGGAUGAUGAAUCGGUCGAGCGACUGGCUCGACAGCGGCACCUGGAGCCAGCAAGAUUUAAAGAGCUGAGAACUUGUGUGUUGUCAGUGGAGGUCACUAAGGUGGAAGUUAAAAAAAGGCUUGCAGCAGCUGAGAAGGACUUGGCUACAGUUUCAUCAAAGUUAGUGGAAAUGGCAUUGCCUAGACAUGCUCGUUCAGCCAGUCGCUCCUUCACUGCGAUGUUGCAAGCGUUGAAUGGUGCUAUUGAUGAAAUGGCUGCUGAUGCUGAGAAGAUAGUGGCAGCUGCUUUGGGAGAGGGGAAAUAAAAGUAAACACCUGUGUAUGUCCAUUCUUGUUUCUACGCAAUGUAAUAUCACUUUUAUGUUAAAGGCUUUUAUUUAUGGA